CUCAAAACGGUCUGGUCCCGCUGUACGACAGACAAGGCGAAACAUUUCGUGUCGAAACACCUCUCCGCCGCGCUCGACUAUAGUCUAGGUCACACACGUGUGUGUGUGUGUGUGUGUAUGUUGCUCUCACUCCUCCUCGUCGCCGCGAGCAACGACGACGCGGCGUGCGCAGCGGGGCGUCCCAUCCGCUGGGGCAUCAUGGGCUCCGGCCUCAUCUCUUCUGACUUUGUUGGCGCGCUGAAGGCGCUGCCUGCAGAUGAGGCAAAGGUCAUCGCCGUCGGAGCGCGGUCGCUCGAGGCGGCGCAGGCCUUCGCGACGUCGCUCGGCGUUCCCAAGGCGCACGCGGGGUACGAGGCGCUCGCAAACGACCCGGAUGUGGACGUGGUGUACGUGGGCACAGUCGCCCAAACACAUGCAGACUGCGCGCGGAUCGCGCUGGCCGCGGGCAAGCCGGUGCUCGUCGAGAAGCCGCUGGCGAUGAACGGAGAGGAGGCGGCCGAACUGGUCGCCUUGGCCAAGUCGCGCGGCCUCUUCCUGCUCGAAGGCAUGUGGACCCGCUUCUUCCCGGCAGUGGUCAAGGCGCGUGAGCUGCUGGAGGCGGGCGCCAUCGGCGAGGUUGUCGCGGUGAGCGCUGACUUUGGCUGGCCAGCUGACCCGGACGGCGAGCACGGGCGGACGGUGGACCCGGUCUCGGGCGGUGUGGGCAUGGACGUGGCGAUGUACCCGGUGGCUCACGUGCUGCUUGCGGCGGGCGCUACGCCGCCCGCGAGCGUCGUCGCGACGGGCAGCACCAGGCCGGCGGCGGGCGGCGGGCGGGUGGACUGGUCGGUGGCGGCCGGGCUGAGCGGGUUCGGCGACCGUCCCGCCCUGUCCGCCACCGUGCUCUGCACGCUCGACGCUUCGACGCCCGAGGAGGUCGUCUACACCGGCAAGAAAGGGACGCUGCGGCUGCACCGGCCUGCGCACACGCCGAGCAGGCUCACUCUCUCCAUCGCGGAAGGACGAGAAGCGUCGACCGAUGAGACGCUCGAGUUCGCACUACCGCCCGUCCCCGCGGGCGCGCUCCCCUUCAACUACCCCGGCUCGCAAGGCUUUGUGUACGAGGCGGCCGCGGUCAACCGGGCGCUGCGCGAGGGCAGGCUCGAGGCCGAGGAGUGGACGCACGCGGAGAGCGUCACCACGCAGCGGAUCGUGGACCAGCUGCGCAGCUCCGUCGUCCGGGCGGGCGGCGGCAAGCGGGAGGCGCGGGGCAGGUGGUGGGACCUGCGGACGUGGGGCUGGCGGGCGAGGCGGGAGGGAGCCACAGAGUGAAUUGGAGAUAGAAGCGCGCCGGCGUGUGGAGCGAGACAGCUCGCGCUCACACAUAUAGCGAACACUCACCAGGAGACCAGCCCCGGCCAGCGAACUCUACAUGCACAUGCGAUGUACACGGCAAAGUACCGCCGUACUACUAGUCGAUGUGCUGCACGAAUGGUUGCAGGUGUGAAU